CGUCAAGCUCUUGUUAUUCAAUUCUUCCGAGAGCUUGAUGCAGGGAGCACAAUAGUGCAGCCAAUGUUUAUCGACGACUAGUCAGCAGCUUGGCAAACAUGAACGCAUCGCGGGUGCCUCCGCCCGGCGAGCUCGUUGCGACAACACUGCUAGAGUAUCUCCAGCAUGACAACCGGCCAACUUUCAUCAUCGAUUUGGCAGAUGCCAAUAAUAUCAAUAAGGAUCUGGCGUUCUCGUUCUACAACGAAGCCUUCUCCUCAUGCCGGACCUAUGUCGCACUCACGACAAUACACGCUGCGAAGGAGAGCGACAGUUUACUAAAUGCAUUUCACUCCUGGAUCGUUCAGCGUGGGGACGAGCUCUACGGUGACCGGCAUUUUCAGGACGUAUCAUGGUCGGCGACGACUUUACAAAAAAGAUGGCGAAUCAUCAGCGGGACGCCCAUUGUCGCAUCCAGCCUGAACGCAUGCUCGAUCGACCAUCAUAUCUCGGACAGUGCUUCAUUGUAUAACUACAGAAAGGCGACCAAAGAAACUCUGCCGUUGGUUCCAAUGGCGCCCUCGCCAUACCAGCGUCUAGUCGACGAGUUCGAUUGGGGAAGCUCAACAUUAGGUCCUAUCGCUUCCUGGCCCAAAGCUUUGAAAGAGAUUGCCAAAUCUGUGAUUUGCAACUCGAAGCCGGUAGGAGUAUUCUGGGGCCCCGAAAGGAUCGUGAUCUACAACGCGCCAUAUGCAGAACUCAUUCCAUCCUUCCAUCCACAACAAUUUGGACGCUCGAUGAAAACCGACUUUCCGUAUUGGGACACUUACGAGCUGGUAUGCCAGGAAGUAGAGACUACAAUGAAAACCGUGAGCUAUGCUGCUCAACCAGGACCUCUAAUGGAACGCAAUGGCUCACUCCACGAGACGUAUUUCUCCUACGAUUAUAUUCCUCUCUUCGAUGACGGUGGAAAAGUACAAGGCAUAUAUUAUCAAGUCACUGAAGUCACAGGAGAGGUACUAUCCCGAUCGAGGAUGACGAGCUUGCUGCGACUGAGCAGUGUUGCCUCCCGAGCUACGGACCAGAAGACUCUAUGGAAAAACGUACUUCAUGUUCUCGAAGACGGCAAGGAAGAUACUCCCAUGAUAUCCAUUCACACUGUUGGGGAACAGAUGGCCUCGAUAUCGAGUCAAGUGCAUGGCGAUCAGGCUGCAACCACCGGAGAAUGGCUUUGUCAGGGAUCAGUUGGCUGGCCGGAAAGCAAUCUUGCAACUAGCAACGUAUUGAAUCUUACCUCUGCACGCGGGUAUGCACUCCUUGUCCAAAAAAGUCUGGAGAGUCUCGAACCGGUCGUGCUCAGGAGCAGUGAUGGGGGCCAAGUCGCAGCCUUGCUCGAAGGUUGCCAGUACAAAGGAGUUGCUUGCACCAGCCUUGUCAUUUGCCCGCUACAGCUAUCUUCCGGUAUUGCCGUCGGCUCUUUGGGCAUCGUUCUGAACCCAGUCCGACCGUAUGACGACGAUUACAAGCAUUUUGUGCGGGUAAUGGCCCGACAAAUUGAGGAUGCCCUGAAAUUAGCCGUCUUUCUCGAAGCACAAGAGGAGUUGUUGAAACAAACAAUUCUCCAAGCACAAGUCGAACAGCAUAGCUUGUCCAGACAGCUUGAGCGGAGUAUUCAAAAGGCUCGCGAGAGUGAUCUCCGGUUCUUCAAUUUUGCCAAGCAAGCCCCAGUUGGAAUUUACGUCUUGAAUCCUGAUGGUAGCAUCCAAUUUGCGAAUGAUGCUUGGCUCAAGCUCAUUGGCAUAUCCAAAGAAGCAGUGGAAAAUAAUAGCCUGAAACCAUGGUUAGCGACGGUUCAUCCUGAUGAUUUGCAGAAUGUCCACCAACAAUGGCAGUCACUGAAGGAGGGAAUCUCAUCAGCAUUGCAUGAGUGGCGAGUGUUGCGUCGAAGUGAGAGUAACAACAGCCAGCCGGAUGUUGCAUAUCUACGAUCUGCCGCAUAUGCCGAAGUCAAUGGAGAUGGAAGUUUGAAGGCUGUGACUGGUAUAACCAUAGACUACUCUAUUGAAGUAGCCCAUUUACGAGAAACGAACGCCAAAAUGGAAGCUGCGUUGGAGGCCAAGCGGGCACAAGAGAAUUUUAUGGACAUGGUCUCACACGAGAUGCGAAAUCCUCUACAUGCCAUUAUUCAAUGUGCGGAGGAGGCCGAAGAUUUGCUCAAUCAACUGCAAAAAGCUCACAAAGCUGCAUCACCUCCAUCCAUAAUCACACAGAAGUGUUCCGCAGCGAUAGACACUAUAUUGUAUUGCGGUGGCCACCAGAAGCAAUUAAUCGACGACGUUCUUACCAUGUCCAAGCUCGACUCGAAUCUUCUCACCAUAUGUCCGGUUCCAGCAUGUCCUGGCAGCCUGAUCCGGCAGGUACUGAAGAUGUUCGAAAGCAGCAUGCGUGCCUCUGGUAUCGAAAGCUUCGUGCAGCUUGAAAAUUCGCACCUACUCAAAGACACACAAAGGACUGUGUCUAUAGAUCCUGGACGGACUCUGCAGAUUCUGAUCAAUCUUGUUGGGAAUGCAGUAAAGUUCUUGGCGGAUAGGGAGAAGAAGGAGUUGCAUAUUUCACUAGCAGCCUCCGUUACGCAGUCCAAACUGCCAGGAAUCAGGUACGCGCCGUCAAGUCCGGAAUCCAACAAUUCAGUCGGCACAUUUCCUGAAUUCCCCAAGGAAGAAGAGGUAUAUGUACACUUUUCAGUAAAGGACACUGGUCCAGGUCUAUCUGAAGAACAGAUGGACGCGUUGUUCACUCGAUUCCGACAGUCGUCACCCCGAACUCAUGCCCAGUACGGAGGCUCAGGAUUGGGGCUCUUCAUUUCACGCCAGCUGACCGAGCUCCACGGAGGUCACAUUGGCGUCGCCUCCAAACUCGACCAAGGCAGCACAUUUUCCUUCUCCCUGAAAGGCCACAAACUCGCUCCGGUAGCCACAGAUCCUAAUUUGAACAAUUUAACACCCAGCAAAACUCUGCAGAUGUCAAAUUCUGAGACGAAGGCUUCCCCAGAGACCCAGCCUGAAAGACCCGAGGUCUCCCUUGUUGGCCGUGGUGUGUUGAUCGUGGAAGACAACAUCAUCAACCAACAAUUGCUGGCGCGCCAACUACGCAAGCACGGCAUGGAAGUCACAUGCGCCAACCACGGCGAAGAAGCCCUCUCAAUUCUCAAAAGCUCAACAUGGUGGAACGGCACAUCCGAUGACCACAGCCAUGAAUCUAGAAGGCAGUUUUCUAUCAUCCUCUGUGACCUGGAGAUGCCCGUCAUGGAUGGCAAAACUUGCGUGCGUCAUAUACGAGAAUGGCAAAAGAGUGGACUGUUACACUCGCAUAUACCUGUUUUCGCGGUGACGGGCAAUGCUCGAGCGUUCCUACAGAAUGCACUUGAAUGGGGAUUUAAUGAUGUGGUUACGAAACCAUUCGGGAUGAAAACUCUUCUGCCUUUGAUACAGAGUUAUAUUGAGACUGAUCGUACAGAGAUUCACGAGGGUAAUGAUGUAUAGAUGAUGAUAUAGAGCUUGAGUUGAUUACGAUAUAUUUGAUGAACAAACAGGUACAGCUCAACAGUUGUAAGCAGACGGUGAUAAUGGCCCCACGCUGUUGUGAGAUGUA